AUGCGCCUCUCCAAAACCCUCGUCGACAUGGACAUGGCUGACUACAGUGCUGCGCUGGACCCAGCCUACACCACUCUGGAAUUUGAGAAUGUGCAGGUGUUGACGAUGGGCAAUGACACAUCCCCGUCAGAAGGCGCCAACCUCAACGCGCCCAACAGCUUGGGUGUCAGUGCCCUGUGUGCCAUCUGUGGGGACCGGGCCACGGGCAAACACUAUGGUGCCUCAAGCUGUGACGGCUGCAAGGGCUUCUUCCGGAGGAGCGUGAGGAAGAACCACAUGUACUCCUGCAGAUUUAGCCGGCAGUGCGUGGUGGACAAAGACAAGAGGAACCAGUGCCGCUACUGCAGACUCAAGAAGUGCUUCCGGGCUGGCAUGAAGAAGGAAGCUGUCCAAAAUGAACGGGACCGGAUCAGCACUCGAAGGUCAAGCUACGAGGACAGCAGCCUGCCCUCCAUCAAUGCGCUCCUGCAGGCAGAAGUCCUAUCCCAGCAGAUCACCUCUCCUGUCUCUGGGAUCAAUGGUGACAUUCGUGCAAAGAAGAUUGCCAGCAUCACAGACGUGUGCGAGUCCAUGAAGGAGCAGCUGCUGGUGCUCGUCGAGUGGGCCAAGUACAUCCCGGCUUUCUGCGAGCUCCCCCUGGAUGACCAGGUGGCCCUGCUCAGAGCCCACGCUGGCGAGCACCUGCUGCUCGGAGCCACCAAGCGAUCCAUGGUGUUCAAGGACGUGCUGCUCCUAGGCAAUGACUACAUCGUCCCUCGGCAUUGCCCGGAGCUGGCGGAGAUGAGCCGGGUGUCCAUGCGCAUCCUUGAUGAGCUGGUGCUGCCCUUCCAGGAGCUGCAGAUCGAUGACAAUGAGUACGCCUGCCUCAAAGCCAUCAUCUUCUUCGACCCAGAUGCCAAGGGGCUGAGCGACCCGAGCAAGAUCAAGCGGCUGCGGUCCCAGGUGCAGGUGAGCCUGGAGGACUACAUCAAUGACCGCCAGUAUGACUCACGCGGCCGCUUCGGCGAGCUGCUGCUGCUGCUGCCCACCCUGCAGAGCAUCACCUGGCAGAUGAUCGAGCAGAUCCAGUUCAUCAAGCUCUUCGGCAUGGCCAAGAUUGACAACCUGCUGCAGGAGAUGCUGCUGGGAGGGUCCUCCAGUGAUGCACCCCAUGCCCACCAUCCCCUGCACCCUCACCUGAUGCAGGAACACAUGGGCACCAACGUCAUCGUCGCCAACACGAUGCCCACUCACCUCAGCAAUGGACAGAUGUGUGAGUGGCCCCAACCCAGAGGGCAGGCAGCCACCCCUGAGACUCCACAGCCCUCACCACCAGGUGGCUCAGGGUCUGAGCCCUACAAGCUCCUGCCAGGAGCCAUCGCCACAAUCGUCAAGCCCCCCUCCGCCAUCCCCCAGCCAACCAUCACCAAGCAGGAAGUCAUCUAG